UAAAUUGGAAAAUCCACUAAAGAGGCUGAGCAUGGAGGAUUCCGACGAAGAACCGCCGCUCGCCCUCGAAAUCAACGCCGCCGCCAACUCUAAUCAACUGACGGAAAGCUCAGAGAUUCCUCCAGUCGGCGUCACCGUCAUCACCGGCUAUCUCGGUUCGGGAAAAUCCACCUUGAUUAAUUAUAUAUUGAAAGCGCAACAUGGGAAGAAAAUAGCAGUGAUACUUAAUGAGUUCGGUGAGGAGUUAGGAGUUGAGAGAGCAAUGAUAAAUGAAGGGGAAGAAGGUGAUCUUGUGGAGGAAUGGGUUGAGCUUGCAAAUGGAUGUAUUUGCUGUACUGUGAAGCAUAGUUUGGUUCAAGCAUUGGAGCAGCUUGUUCAGAGAAAAGAGAGACUUGAUCAUAUAUUGCUAGAGACGACUGGUUUGGCAAACCCUGCACCUCUUGCAUCUGUGCUUUGGUUGGAUGAUCAGCUGGAAUCAGAUGUUAGGCUUGACUCCAUUAUUACUGUUGUUGAUGCAAAGAACCUUCGGUAUCAGCUAAAACCAAAUCCCGAUUCCUCUUCAUUUCCUGAAGCUUAUUUACAAAUAGCAUUUGCGGAUGUUAUCAUUCUUAACAAGGUUGAUCUUAUUUCUCAAGAUGACUUUGGGGCGGUGCUAGAGGAACUGGAGAAGGAAAUACGUGAUGUUAAUUCCCUUGCUAAUAUUAUUCAUUCUGUCCGUUGCCGAGUUGAUUUGUCAAAGAUAUUAAACUGCCAGGCAUAUGAUCCUACUCAUGCUGCUCAUCUUGAGGCGUUGUUAAAGGAGAACGAAUCUCUAACCACUAAAGGCCUUCAUGACAGUGAAGUCAGAACAUUGUGCAUCUGUGACGCUCAGCAGAUUGAUCUUGAUAAGGUUCGUAUAUGGCUUGAAGAGCUCCUUUGGGAUAAAAAGUAUGGCAUGGAUGUUUAUCGUUGCAAGGGAAUUUUAAGAGUCAGAAACUCGGAUGAACUCCACACUUUGCAGGUCAACCAAAGCAAACAACUUUACUUGGAGUGUUGGACUUCCAAAUCAUUUUCCAUGGGUGUGAGAGAAAUAUAUGAAAUUGUUCCAAGUCGUAAAUGGAGAAACGAAGAGAUUCAGAUGAACAAAAUAGUAUUCAUAGGUCGGUUUCUGAAUGAAGAGAUCCUUUUGCACUCACUACGUACUUGUGUUGUUGAAACUGAUUGACUCAAUAGAAUUUGAUCAAUCCUAUUUUAUGUCAUUAAGAUGGAAAACUAAACCGAGAAUUCUCUAUCUUCAUCAUCAAUCACGGUUUCUUUUACAUUGGUGAUUGACUUGGUGUUUCUCCUUCUCACCAUGACAAAAAUCUUGCUUGGAUGUCUUGUUACGAAAUUUCAGAUACAAUCUUACUGCACCCUCUAUAUCACAAUCCAAUGACAUGGUUCACUGUGGAUUCACUUUCGACAGCAAAUAUGCAUUCGAAAAUUCACUGUGCUUAGUUGAAGCUUUGUUAAUUUCAUAUAUGAAAGUUGAAAAACUGUUUCAUGUAUCUGUUGAAGUUUCUUGCUUUAUGUACUAAGAAUGUUAAGCUACAGCAAGUAUAUAGGUACCACUUCUGGUAUUCAAUGUUGGUUGGAGAUUUUUUGAA